AUGGAUUGUGUAUCAGCUACGCAAAGUGAUGGAAACAAGGCAUCCUAUGUGUGCCGUGGCUGUGGAGGUAAAGAUGCGAUAAAACCACUCUCUGUGUACGGGAAUGUCUUUAAAUGGUGCACAUCUGUAGAUGUUUCCUGUUCCGAUGGACUUCCUUCGAACAUAUGCAAUCGUUGCUUGCAGAUGCUGACGAUAUCUUACGAAUUCAAAAUCUUAUGCACUCGUACAGAUAGAAAUUUCCGAGCCAAAAAGAAUGAAGUGGCUCAUGUAGAGAGUGUUUCUACUUCCGCCAACAUUUCGUCGGAUGACUUUAAACAGUCCGAAUCAGCGUACAUAGCGAAAACUGAAGAAAUUGUAGAGGAGAUGGUUAUAGCCGAGAAUGAGUCCUUUGACUAUCUUUUCGAAAAUAUAACAAAACUUGAUGAGUGCAUCGCCAAAAAGCCAGAAGGUACAAAGCAGGAUGCGAUCUGCGAUUUCGAGCUUUUGUCAGAUCACGACGGCUACUUGGUGUCUGCAUCGGAAAAAUCCGAUGAAACGACAAUGUUGGAUGCCCAGAAACCAGAUCAAACACAAGAUAAGGACGAACAUGCCUUUACCGAUACAUUAGAAUAUCUUGAAGAAGCAUGUAACGAAAUAAGCUCCGUUGAUUCAGCAGGCAAGACUGACUCCAGCAGUAAAACUGUAUCGCUGAUAGUUCGCAAGGAUGUACCAAAGUCUACCAAAGCACAACCCGUGCGUCAUUUUUGCCCGGACUGUGGAAAAAGUUUUGCAUCCAGGACGAAUAUGUACCGACACCAGCAUGCACAUAAAGGAUCAAAACCGUACAAAUGCGAUAUCUGCAAAAAGGGAUUCACGCAAAGCGGGACACUUAAAACGCACAAAUUUACACACUUCAACAUUAAACCGUUCGUGUGUAAUGUGUGCGGUCAACGAUUCACGCAAAGCAAAUCGGUGAAACUACACCUUCGGAGGCACACCGGUGAAAAGCCAUACGUUUGUGAUAUUUGUAAUGCAGCAUUCCGGCAAAAGAAUGGAUUGCAACGGCAUAUGAAAGUGCACGGUGAUAAGGCAUAAAAUUAGUCA